GGCAGAGGUGGAGUCAUGGGGGACGCGUUCAGGGAGCGCACAGCUAGGCUGCUGACGGACUACGUGGAGUACUGCGCCAGCGAGCCCGGCACCCCCGUGCGGGCGCCGUCCACGCCCGAGGCCGCCGUGCUGCCCGUGGCCGCCUGGAAACAGAAGACCAACCUGCACUUCUUGUCGCAAUACCGCGGCUUCCGCGGGAACCGCGUCGAGCUGGUGGCCUGAAUGGCGCAGGAGCUAGUCGCCAACAACCGUGGCGGCCCCAGCUGGGGCCGCGUGGCAGCGCUCGUGACCUUCGCGGGGACGCUGCUGGAGAGGCCGCCGCGGGGGACCCUUAGGCGGAAGAAGACGGAGAAUGAAGACGUUAGCAGAGACUCCCGGUUCCUGGUGGCCUUGCUGUGUGCUCAGCUCUCCGGACGGCACCGCGCCUGACUGAUGGCGAACGGCGGCUGGGUGAGCGCGGCGGGCGUGGGGACCCGGGGCGGGUUGGCAGCCCGCGACGCGCCCACGCGGCCGGCGCCCGGAGGGACCCUGCGGCGCCAGCCCCGUGGGGCGUUCGUUUCAGCAGGCCUGGGACAUUCGUGCAGCGCACGACUUGGGUUUGCACACUUCGGCCUUGUCCUUGACCGCCCUCGGGGUUUUAGGGUUUUGAAUGUUAUGAAGCAAUCUAGUUCUCUUCUCCCUCCCCUUAUGGGAUGGAUUUUGUCUCUCCUUCCAGCGCUCAUUGCAGCCAUCUUGGGAAAGACAGCUGGUCUGGGUUUUUCUCUCACACUCUACAGCAAUGAUCUUAAUCUACUUCUGGUCAAAAUUAUCGUGAGAUCUAAAAUUCUUAACUCAUUUCUACCUGCCGAACUGUGACCAGCCAAGCAAAUUUGAGAUGUGAAAGAACAAACCAGAGUAAACCACCUCCUGAGACAUUUUUACCUGCAUUCAUAUGAGUCCUACAGUGAUUCAGCCAGCAUUUUAACUCCUGACAAGUACUGAGAGAUAUUAGGACAAAGGCACAAAUGGCUCUUCUUUAAAUGGGAGACACGGGUCUAAAGGCUUAUUGCUCCAAAGAAUUACAGAAGAAACUGCUUUCCAUUAAAUAGAAAAUACGGGGCUGUUUGCUACCUUUGGAUAAGAGUGGAUAUGUAUCUCUCAUUUAUCCAUGAUUUCAUGUGCUACUGCUGACUAAUUUAUCAAGGCACUGUGUCAGGGGUGUAAAAUGAUACUACCAGUCUUCCCAGUCACAGUUUAGUUUAACAAAGAAUGUAAUAGUAAAUCCUUUUUUAAGGAAUUCUUUCUAAAUCCUUUAAAAUAUAAUUUCUGGGACUUCUAGGUUUUUAGAGUUAAUAUAUUGAAAUUUUAUUUUUCUGACUUCAAUAAAUUAUUAAAUCUUUAAAGUUUUAAUUUAUGCAUCUUUAAAAAAAACA